CAGAGCGGCGGCUUCUCUCGCGAGGACGGACGCCAUUAUCGCAGCUCCCCGACAAACACCACGAGAAUUCCGCAGCCCACACGGUGACAGACCCGGCCUCCGUCGUUGGCCACUCUGUGCGGUUCUGGAUGAUGUCGGAACAGGACCUGGCGGAUGUGGUACAGAUCGCGGUGGAAGACCUGAGCCCCGACCACCCAGUUGUGCUGGAGAACCACGUAGUGGCGGACGAGGACGAACCUGCUUUGAAACGCCAGCGACUCGCCGUCAGUUGCCAAGAUCCCUCCAUAAAGUCCUUCCUGUACUCCAUUAACCAGACAAUAUGCCUACGACUGGACAGCAUCGAGGCCAAGCUGCAGGCUCUGGAGGCCACUUGCAAGUCCCUGGAAGAAAAGCUGGACCUGGUCACCAACAAGCAGCACAGCCCCAUCCAGGUCCCCAUGGUGGCGGGCUCUCCGCUCGGGGCCACCCAGACCUGCAACAAAGUGCGAUGCGCCGUCCCCCAGACUACAGUAAUACUCAACAGUGACCGGCAGAACGCCAUUGUAGCCAAGAUGGAAGACCCCUUGAGCAACAGGGCGCCGGAACCCCUGGAAAAUGUCGUUAGCAACGCAGUCCCUGGGCGUCGGCAGAACACCAUCGUGGUGAAGGUGCCGGGUCAAGACGACAGCCACAAUGAAGACGGGGAGAGUGGGUCGGAGGCCAGCGACUCUGUGUCCACCUGCGGCCAGCCAGGGGGUCAGAGCAUCGGGAACAACGUCACCCUGAUCACCUUGAACUCGGAAGAGGAUUACCCCAACGGCACGUGGCUGGGCGACGAGAACAACCCCGAGAUGCGGGUGCGCUGCGCCAUCAUCCCCUCGGACAUGCUGCACAUCAGCACCAACUGCCGCACGGCUGAGAAGAUGGCGCUGACGCUGCUCGACUACCUCUUCCACCGCGAGGUGCAGGCCGUGUCCAACCUCUCGGGCCAGGGCAAGCACGGCAAGAAGCAGCUCGACCCGCUCACCAUCUACGGCAUCCGCUGUCACCUCUUCUACAAGUUUGGGAUCACGGAAUCUGACUGGUACCGGAUCAAGCAGAGCAUUGACUCCAAAUGCCGGACAGCGUGGCGGCGGAAACAGCGCGGCCAGAGCCUGGCCGUCAAGAGCUUCUCGCGGAGAACGCCGUCCUCCUCCUCCUACAGUGCCUCAGAGACCAUGAUGGGCUCCCCGCCGGCCGCCAGCGAGCUCCCGCAGCCACAGCCACAGGCCCUGCACUACGCCCUGGCUAAUGCCCAGCAGGUGCAGAUCCACCAGAUCGGAGAGGACGGACAGGUCCAAGUAAUCCCACAGGGUCACCUCCACAUCGCCCAGGUGCCUCAAGGGGAGCAGGUGCAGAUCACGCAGGACAGUGAGGGCAAUCUGCAGAUCCACCACGUGGGCCAGGACGGGCAGAUCUUUGAGGAACUCACAGAAUGCAAAUGGCUUAUAGUGGAAAAGAGGAGUGGCCCCUCCCCCAGCUGCCAGCCUCGCCCCCAGCUUGUAGAGGCCACCCGCAUCCCUUGGCUCUUGACCCCUUCUGUCUUCAAAGCCAACGACCACCAGGUGCUGCAGGGCGCCCAGCUGAUAGCCGUGGCCUCUUCGGACCCCGCCGCAGCAGGAGUGGACGGGUCACCCCUGCAGGGCAGUGACAUCCAGGUCCAGUAUGUGCAGCUGGCACCUGUGAGCGACCACACGGCCACAGCCCAGACGGCUGAGACCCUGCAGCCCGAAAUGCAGCUUGAACACGGAGCCAUCCAGAUCCAGUGAGGCGGGCUGCGCCCGUGGCCCGUGGCCCGGUCCCCUCCCUGUCCUCGGCUUCGCGGCGGCGCCUGCCUCAGUCCCGCUGCGUGUGUGCGGAAGUCGCCCCCUCCGGGGCAGGCGCCCUGACAACCACGGACGACCCCGCCGUCCCCUGCGAGGGCCCCUCGUGCUGUGUCCGGAGGAGGCCUCGCGUGCUCUCAGAUCCCGAGAACUAGGAUAUUUUUCUGUUUCAACGGCUUUUUUUAAUUUGCUAUGGUGUUUAUAACAAAAAAGAAAACUGAAAAAAAAAGACGGGUGGAGCAGCAGGCUUCCGCCGCGUGCUCUGUUCAGUGUGCGGGAAGUAGGUGUCGGCAAGGCGCGGGUGAUGGACGGGACGCCGCUCACCGACUGCUCUGGGGCCUCGCUCCCAGCACUGCAAGGAUGCGUUUCUCAUGAAAUAAAUGUAUUUAU